AUGGCAAUCGUCACAACUCACGUAACACUUUCAUGCCGGAAGAGGGAAAUGCCCUCUUUCGCUGGCGUCGCUGGCGCAAACUCGAACAAGAAGCGAAAGCUGACAGAACCUGCUCCGGCUGAGCAGCUGAACAACAACUCACAAUUGCUUGUCGCCAAGACCACACCAUGGGCAGAUCUACCGCAGCAGGCGACAUGUCUUAUUUUAUUCUUUUUUGUCGUAGCAAAAAUGUCCAGCACUAGACCAAAACCAACGACUUCUCCACAGAUGACCAAACCUCCAACACGGUCAAAACUUGGAUACGUCAAAAUAACAAAAGCUCUCGCCAACUUGGAUAUACUCAACUCGGGAGUGCGGGAAAUACUGACACAGCUUGAUGGGUUAAUUAAGACGGCGGAGGAGAUAGACUGGCUGCUAAAAGGAGAACCAGGGCUUGCUCGUUCCGUUGGACGAACAAAAGAGGUUGGUCAAAUGGUGAUCGACUCAAUUCAAGACAGGUUGGCGUUUUUAGAUCAACAAGAAACAUGA